AUGUUUUGUGGAGUCGGGCUAGAUUUUGUGGGACUAGUAACGGUACUGGUAACCGUUCAUCUCACAAGCAGCCAGUUUUCAUGCAGAAAUCGAGAUGGUGUAUCCGUUGACUGGUUCGUCGGAUAUAAAUUACCGAAUAGCGGGAAAUUCCCUACCGAAUAUCCGGGAGCAACGUUUCUGUAUGCGGAUGAAGCUUCUGAGAAUUGGGGUAAUCCAGAAAACCUGAACUCUUCGCAGAGCGCUAUUGCUGCAACACUUUCUCAGUAUUACAAGAGGCGAGGAGAUAAGGUUUGUUAUUUCUCGAAAUUUAUUCCGUCGUCCUAA